CCACGUGACCGCCUCAGCCUCUGAGCAAGGCAGCAGCAGAAGCAGCAGAACAAGAAGAAUAAGAAGCAGCUGCUGCAUCUGACGGACAUGACAAAGGUUGUUUUAGGACUUUGACACAAGAAAAUAAAAUAAAAAUCAUGUCUGCUUCGCGGACUAUUAUUUGUUUGCUGAGGAACGACUUAAGACUUCACGACAACGAGGUGUUCCACUUUGCCAUGAAACACAGCGACCACAUGGUGCCGCUGUACUGCUUUGACCCCCGACAUUAUGUGGGAACACACAACUUCAAGCUGCCAAAGACCGGACCUUUCCGCCUGCGCUUCUUGCUGGAAAGUAUCCAAGACCUGAGGAAGACCUUGGUCAACAAGGGAAGCAACCUGGUGGUGAGACGGGGCAAGCCCGAGGAAGUGGUCAGUGAGCUGAUCCAGCAGCUGGGCUCGGUCAGCGCCGUGGUUUUCCAGCAGGAGGUGACGUCCGAGGAGCUGGCGGUGGAGAGAGGCGUGAAGGAGGUGUGCGCCGGCAUGAAGGUGAAAGUGCACACCUGCUGGGGCUCCACCCUCUACCACCUGGACGACCUGCCCUUUCCGCACAUCUCCAGGCUUCCUGACGUCUACACUCAGUUCCGGAAGGAAGUGGAGUCCAGAAGUCAGGUCAGGCCCGAGUUCCCGACCCCGGACCGCCUUAAGCCCCUCCCCCAGGGCCUGCAGGAGGGACUCAUCCCCAGCAUGGCGGACCUGCAGCAGACAGAGCCCGCCGCCCAGGACCCUCGCUCCGCCUUCCCGUGUGCAGGCGGCGAAAGUCAGGCGGCGCUCAGACUGCAACAUUAUUUCUGGGACACGGAUGCAGUGGCGUCCUACAAGGAGACACGUAACGGACUACUGGGCGCCGAUUAUUCCACCAAGUUUGCACCCUGGCUGGCCAUGGGCUGCCUGUCUGCCAGGUACAUCUACCACCAGGUGCGCAGGUAUGAGAGGGAGCGCACGGCCAAUCAGAGCACGUACUGGGUCGUUUUUGAGCUCUUGUGGCGGGAUUACUUCAAGUUUGUGGCGCUCAAAUACGGAAACCGUCUGUUUCAAGUCCGAGGACUUCAGGAUAAAUCCGUACCCUGGAAACAGGACAUGGAUCUUUUCAGCGCAUGGAAAGAGGGACGCACCGGAGUCCCCUUUGUGGACGCCAACAUGAGGGAGCUGGCGGCCACGGGCUUCAUGUCCAACAGGGGGCGCCAGAACGUGGCCAGCUUCCUCACCAAGGACCUGGGCUUGGACUGGAGGAUGGGAGCCGAGUUCUUCGAGUACCUUCUGGUGGACCAUGACGUGUGCAGUAACUAUGGCAACUGGCUGUACAGCGCGGGCGUAGGAAACGACCCCCGAGAGAACAGGAAGUUCAACAUGAUCAAACAAGGCCUGGACUACGACCCUAAUGGCGACUACGUGCGGCUCUGGGUCCCCGAGCUGCGGAAAAUCCCGGGCGCUGACGUCCACACGCCGUGGACCCUCAGCACGGCGGCGCUGGCCUGCGCCGACGUGUCCCUGGGCCGGACGUACCCCUCCCCCGUGGCGGUGGCGCCCGAGUGGAGCCGACACGCCAACAAGAGAGCGGGCGGCGGCGCGGCGAGAGGCGGCAAAGGUCCCUCGCACACGCCCAGGCAGCAUCGGGACCGAGGCGUCGAUUUCUAUUUCUCCAGGAGCAAAAACCUGUGAGCUCACACGGAAGACGGGCUCGGGGUAAUAUUUCUGGAUAUAUCUCAUUAAUAACCAAUCUUUGCUCCAAUGCUGCCGUUUGUUGGCAUAUUUAAGUUGAAAUCUUCUCCGUUUGGAAACUCUUCUCUUCCGCUGUGCAUUUGUUGUCCAGCACCUCUGGUGUUGCCGCGGUAACCUCCUUUUCUUUCGGUACACUAUAAUCCAGGGGUGUCCAAAGUGCGGCACAUUUUAAAAAUACGAUUGAAAAAUGUUUCAAAACGUAAAAAGUGAUAUAAAGGAGCAAACGGGUGAAAUGUAAACAAGAAAAUGUUGCAGUGUUGACUCUAAUAACACAAAGCUGCCAUGCACCCUGUUUCUUCCUUUAAACAAAUAAUAAUGAAUCAAAAUCAAUGUCCAUCCAUUUUCUACCGCUUAUUCCCUUUUGGGGUCGCUGGUGCCUAUCUCAGCUACAAUCGGGCGGAAGGCGGGGUACACCCUGGACAAGUCGCCACCUCAAUUAUUGAGCUAUUCAAGGCUCCAAUUACAUCACGUAAAAUGUUCCACUUUGAGAUAUUUUUGGGGGGAAAAUGUCGCAUUUUUUGUGUUUGCCAUAUAAAAAACUGAGCUGUUUUUUUUUAAAGAAGGGGCUAAAAUGAACAAACAAAUCAUCCAUCCAUUUCCUACCGCUUAUUCCCUUUCGGGGUCAUAAACAACAAUAAAACUUAAUAUUGACGGAUAUGUCUGCAGUCGAUCUCGAGAUUAUUGUGCUAAAAGUAAACAGUAAAAAAAAAAAAAAGUAUGGGCGGUAUAGCUCGGUUGGUAGAGCGGCCGUG